AUGUAUCGUAAUGAACAGGAUGCAAAGAACUUAAGAUGGCAUGCAGAUGAAAGAAUACGUGAUGGAAAGCUUCGGCACCCUGCAGAUUCUCCUCAAUGGGCAAAAGUUGACCAUGAUUACCUUAAUUUUGGGAAAAAACCACGAAACCUACGUCUUUCUUUGUCUACUGAUGGAAUAAAUCCGCAUGGUCCAAAACAACCAGGGAAUGACAUAGACAUAUACUUGGCACCUCUUAUUGAAGACUUAAAGGAUAUGUGGAACGAAGGUGUAGAGGUGUAUGAUGCGUAUACAGAAGAAAGUUUCCUACUAAGGGCAAUGCUGUUCGACACAAUUAAUGAUUUUCCAGCAUAUGGUAAUCUAUCUGGAUAUAGUAUCAAAGGGAAGUGUGCAUGCCCUAUAUGUGAAGAUAAUACAGAUUGGGUGCGAUUGGAACAUGGUAAGAAAAAUGUAUUUCUUGGGCAUCGUAGAUUCUUACCUUCAAAGCACCGUUAUCGAGGAUGGAGAAAAGCAUUUAAUGGGACAACAGAAGAACGUAGAGCUCCAGAACUGUUGUAUGGUGAUAAAGUUUUUGAAAAAGUAAAGGAUAUAAACAACAAAUUUGGUAAGCCUUUUGCAAGAGAUCUAGUCACAAGUACGUUGUUGAACGUUCCUGGAAAGUCUAAGGAUGGCAUCAAUGCAAGGCUAGACUUAGUUCAAAUGGGAAUUCGAACAGAAUUGGCACCAAUAAAGAAAGUUAAGGAGACACAAUAUUGUGGACCGGCCUAUAUGAGAUGGAUGUAUCUAAUGGAGCGGUAUAUGAAGAUAUUAAAGGGCUAUGUGAAAAAUAGAAGUCGACCAGAAGGAUGUAUAGUGGAACGAUAUAUACUUGAAGAAGCUAUUGAAUUUUGUACUGAUUACCUCUCUAAUGUUGAAUCAAUAGGACUUCCAAAUUCUCGACACUUAGCGAGAACCAUAGGAGAAGGGAUUUCUGGAAAUACCAUAGUGACUAUAAGCAGGAAAGAUUGGGAGCAAGCUCAAUUGUAUAUCCUACACAAUGACGAUGAAGUUGAGCCAUAUGUUGAGAAACACAAAGACAUGAUUACAAAAUUAAAUCCAACUUUUAUACAAUGGCUAAAAAGUCACAUUUUUGCAGAGUUAAAUGUGAGAUCCUCUUUAAUUUCUGACAGAUUGAAAUGGUUAGCCAAUGGUCCAAAUUUUCAAGUCUUCUCUUACACUGGUUAUAUGAUUAAUGGGUGCACAUUUUACACUAAAGACCGAGAUGAUCAGAGUACUAUGCAAAAUAGUGGUGUAACUUUGGUGGCUGAAUCUAUGCACAUCUCAAGUGCAAAAGAUAGAAGUCCUAUAUAUGCAAAUAUGUCGUAUUUUGGGGUAAUUGAACAUAUAUGGGAGUUGGAUUACACCACAUUUCGGGUACCCAUAUUUGGUUGCAAGUGGGUUGAUAACAAUAAUGGAGUUCGACAAGAUGAAAUAGGAUUUAUGCAAGUGAAUUUUAAUAAAGUGGGGUACAAAGAUGAGCCAUUUAUUUUAGCAUCACAAGCUCAACAAAUCUUUUAUGUCAUUGAUCCGGUUGAUGUCAAUUGGUCAAUUGUGUUGUUGACCAAUAAAAUAAACGAUCCUUCCAAUGAUGAUAUAGAAGAUGAAUAUACAAAUAUUGAAGAUGAUCCUUUGUAUCAAAUAUCAUAUGAUGAUGAUCCAAUAAUAGAUGAUAUCUUGUAUAGGAGAGAUGAUCAUGAUGAAGGAAUUUGGAUAAAUCCAUCAUUUUAUGUCCAUAAGAAACCUAAGUCUUUAAACUUCAAAUCAAAGAAGAAAAGGUUGGAUUUAUAA